GUGUUGUUUGCUCCUGUGACUUGUGUUAGAAGACGGAUAUUAACUCUUUCACAACAAGCUCUAUAUAUCCAGCAUGGUUCUUUAGCUGUCCUGACAGUCUUAUGUUUGAUGUGAGGGAGGAAGAACAAACAAGGAGCGAUAUGGGAUUCAUUCAGAGCUCACCCUGCCUUCUCCACACUGCCUGAACCUCUCGUCAUCAUCAUUCGCAUUCAGGCUGAUGGACAGUCUGCAGUAGACAUCUUCAGUGAGAACAGGACUAUUGUCCAGGUUGUCACACACGAUGCACUUUGGCAGGAGCAGUGUUGGCCCUGCAGGGGCCAGCAACAGUAGCCAGAGCUCAGGGGAGAACAUGAAGAGCAGGAGCAGUGAUGGUCAGUGUUUCCUGGCUGCACAAAACACAAACAACUGCAACAACAAUGACGGCAAGAAAGAUGACAAGAAAGACGACAAGAAAGAUGACAAAAAGGAUGACAAGAAAGAUGACAAGAAAGAUGACAAGAAAGAUGACAAAAAAGACGACAAAAAGGAUGACAAAAAAGAUGACAAGAAAGAUGACAAGAAGGAUGACAAAAAGGAUGAUAAAAAAGAUGCUAAAAAGGAAGAACAAAAGGAGGUGUGGAUCAUGGACCCUGCCACAGACAUGUACUAUUACUGGCUGUCCGCAAUAUCCAUCCCAGUCUUCUACAACCUGAUGCUCCUGGUGGCCAGGGCUUGUUUUAAUGAACUGCAGUAUACAAAUACAACACUGUGGAUGGUUUUGGACUACAUUUCAGAUGUCCUCUACUACAUUGAUACCUUUGUGAGAGCCAGGACAGGUUUUUUGGAGCAAGGACUACUUGUAAAGGAUGCAAAGGUCCUGAAAGAAAAGUACAUGAAGACACGCCAGUUCAAAUUGGACGUAAUAUCAAUAAUCCCCACUGAUAUUGUAUUCCUCAAAAUUGGAAUUGACAACCCAGAGUGGAGGUUCAACCGUCUCUUCAGGUUAGCCCGACUCUUUGAGUUCUUUGACCGGACUGAAACUCGAACCAAUUUCCCCAACAUCUUCCGAAUUGCUAAUCUUGUACUUUACAUCAUCAUCAUUAUUCACUGGAAUGCUUGCCUCUACUUUGCCAUCUCCAAGGUCCUCGGCUUUGGCUCAGACACCUGGGUUUACCCAGCAAUGACAAAUCCUGAGUAUGCUCGCCUGGCCAGGCAGUACAUCUACUGCUUUUACUGGUCCACUCUUACCCUGACCACUAUAGGUGAGACGCCACCCCCAGUCCGAGAUAUUGAAUACUUUUUUGUGGUAGCAGACUUCCUGACUGGGGUUCUGAUCUUUGCUACCAUUGUGGGUAAUGUCGGUGCCAUGAUUUCAAAUAUGAAUGCUGCACGUGUAGAGUUCCAGGCUAAGAUUGAUUCUAUCAAGCAGUACAUGCAAUUUCGAAAGGUCACCAAAGACCUGGAGGCAAGGGUGGUGAAGUGGUUCGACUACCUGUGGACGGAGGAGAAAAGCUGCGAUGAGAAGCAGGUGCUGAAGAACCUGCCAGACAAGUUAAAGGCUGAAAUAGCCAUCAACGUGCAUUUGGAGACACUAAGAAAAGUGCGGAUCUUUCAAGACUGUGAAGCAGGUUUGCUCAUUGAGUUGGUCCUUAAGCUUCAGCCUCAAGUUUUCAGUCCUGGUGACUACAUCUGUAAAAAGGGGGACAUUGGCAGAGAAAUGUAUAUCAUUAAAGAAGGAAAGCUGGCUGUAGUAGCAGAUGAUGGAGUUACCCAGUUUGUGGUCCUCAGUGAUGGGGCAUAUUUUGGAGAAAUCAGUAUCCUUGGUAUCAAGGGCAGUAAGGCAGGAAACCGAAGAACAGCCAACAUCCGAAGUGUGGGCUACUCUGAUCUGUUUGCUCUGUCCAAAGACGAUCUAAUGGAGGCACUCAUCGAGUAUCCUGAUGCUAAAUAUGCACUGGAGGAGAAGGGAAGGGCCAUCCUAAUGAAAGAUAAUCUCAUAGAUGAAUCGCUGGUCGCUGCUACUGACAUCAAAGACUUGGAGGUGAAGGUCAACGAGAUUGAAACCAGUUUGGAGGUUAUGACGGCCAAAUUUCGAAAGCUGUCAGACCAUUAUGAAUCCUCCCAGCGUAAACUCAAACAACGGCUCAGUAAUAUGUCAAACGAGGUCAGAACCCUCAGCUUUGACAAUGAGUAGAGCUCAUUGUCAAAGCUGAGGGUAGCAUAUUUAAAGCAACUCGGAUUACCAAAAUUAUGACAGCCACUAUCCCUCGAUCUUGUAAUAAUAUGUAAUAUGUUAUAUUGUAACAAAACAUGUAUUAUACUUUUUUAAAAUUUUAUUUGUGAUAUCCGUAGUGUGAUUUUAAAAGCAACGCUGUUACAGUAAGAUCUGUUUCCCAGGUACAAGAUGUUUUUUUGCACAUAAACA